AGACAAUCAAAUUGUUGAAUAUUUAUUUCAUUCCUUCAUUUUAUUUCUUAUUUAUUUCCAGCAAUUUACUAAAAUGGCUAAUAAAAAACCAACAAAUAUUAUAACACUCGAAGGCAAAACUCGUCUUCCAAAUCGAGUUCAAGACAUAAUAAUUGAAAUGGGUACAGUAAUCGGCAAUAUUCAACAGACUUCUGGCCUUUCUGACGUUCUACAGACUUCAAUACGUAAUUUUGUGGCGGUUGACGGAAUUGCCCAAAAUUCAGCACAAAAUUUGGAUAAAUUGGCUAAACAAGUAGAAUUGAUGGAAACACAAACUUUUGAAAUUGAACAUUCUUUCGAGACUGUUGGGAAAUUACUUAAACAAUCAGAAUCUUUGGAAAAAAGUAUUUACUGUACAGAAAACGAUAAAAAUUGUAAUUCAAAUUGA